CAGAGGGGUUGGAGACCGCGGCCCGGACCGGGGACACGCGUGUGCGCGUGAGAGCGGGGUGUGUGCGAGUUCCCACAAGCCGCGUGACCGUAAAGGAGCUCCGGCGUGUCGUAAAAGGGCCGCAAGUACACAGCGCUCUGGCAGACGGCUGGGAAUCCAUUUUGGACGCCGUCUCUGCGGCGAAAGUUGAAGGACCUGUUGCUCGUCACGGUGGCGCAUCCGCCGAGCCCAGCCCUGCGCGGGGCGCUCGCUGGGGGCCUGCCGGCCUCUCGGGCGCGGUGACCGGGCCGCAGGGGGUGAAGGGCGGCGCCAUGCGGCCCGUGGACGCGGACGAGGAGCGGGAGGCCGAGCAGGACUGGGAGAGGUUCCUGAGCCCCGUGCUCGACGCCGUCCGCCGGGACGUCACCGCCCUCGAGCGCGAGCACGUGCGCGCGCACCUGAGGGCCCGCAGGAAGCUGCUGGAGAUUGAGAGCCUGCUGGAUGCCAUCAAGAGCGAGGUGGAGGCGUCGGAAGAGAGCGCCUUGGAUCCCGCCCGCAGUCCGGGCGCCGAGGCGGAGGAGAGGGUGAUGAAGCUGUGCGAGAAGGUGGAGAAAAAGGCAGUGGAGGCCGCACUGAUGGGGAAGCGGAUCGUGGAAAUCCACCAGCAAAUAGACAGCUACGAGUGUUGCUGAAGGACACGAGCGGGUUAUCCCCUGAUGGACUCCAGCCGGUAAGGAGGACUGACUGCUUGGAGAGGCUGAACCAAGGGAGUCUUUCUUUUUCUGUCCCCUGUUUUUCUGUCUGCGUUUUCACCAUGGUGAACACCAAAUCUCCAGUACCGUUCUGGUAGAUGAUUUCAGUAUUAUAUUGUCACAUGUGGAUUAUGAUUAUUAGGUGCAUUCAGUUUGGUAAAGACAGCUUUUAAUGAAAUGCUUUUACUUAAAAAAAUAGAACCUAGAUUGUAAGCUGCUGUGUGGUCAUAUUUGUUACUGUGAUUAUUGUGUUUUUAAAGUUUGCAAGUAUACGCUUGUGCUCUGCUAUUUUUUUAUGCUUCCUGGAAUUUGGGGACCCCCGAGAGACUUGAAGUGAGAGAAGACACUGUUUGGCUGCAGCUGCUGAAGCAAGAACCCAAACCCCAAUCAAGGGUGUGGACACCUCUGUUUUGGAUACGAUUGAGAAGGCCCAGAGGACAGUUGGGCAUGGAGAGUGGUGGUGUAUGAAUUUUGGGACUGUGCAGUCUGUCAGAUCAAAGGAGGACAGAUGUGUUUUGGGGUUUGGGGUUUGUUUCUUUUUAUCAGCAAUGUAACUUUUCUGUGGCACGUAAACUGGUGCACACCAUGUGACCUGACUGGUGAGUAACCUAGGAUAGAUGAUGAGUUCUAGUUACUAUAUGUAUUUGCAGACUUUGAGGUAAACUUUUUGAUAUAAUACAGUUGUGCAUUUCAGGGGCUUCUCUGCCACAAAUGCACAUGGCCUCUGAAGGGGCUAAGGAGGAAAGCAUGGAGCUGGCCACAGUGGGCCCCAGACUGAUAAAGGAGACAACUUCCAGGCUUAGGUGAUAUCCAGCCUAGCUCAUCAGAGCAGAUUUCACAGAGAUCAGAGCUCUCACUUGUUGUAAUCAAGUUCAUCUGCCUGGAAACAAUGCUAAAAGCCAGUUUUUAGAGUCUUUGUGCAAGUGACCAAAGCCAUUGAGUUGGCCCGGAAAAGGUGAGAUAAAUAAAUUUUCUUUCAAGA